AUGCCAAAUACUACAUCAAAACUUUCAUUGGCUAUCCAACAGGCAGACCAACAUGCGAAUGAAUCUUCCAAACAUCAAAACCAAAAACCGAACCAUACAAAUAGUAGGUCUCAGGUUAAACAACCAGUUACACCAGUUAAAAAUAUGACUUCUGAUAUAACUCACGAUCUUGAUUCAUAUAUUGGUUCAGAUACAUUUAAUGAGAACUUCAAUCCUCCUUCACUGCUGUUAUUACCCAAUUUAGUACAGCAUAGUACACCUUAUGUUUCAACAACACAAUCUUCGGCAAAACAAUUCAAACCGGAAUUAUCCGUGUUGACUACUAAUAAUUAUUCUGGUGAUGACUUUGAAGAAGAAUUAGAACUUAAAGUUAAACAUAAAUAUAAUUUCAAGAUGAAUACACAUGGCCACAGAGAUAUCAUCAAAGAAGAAGAGGAAUAUUCAGAUGAUGAUGAUGAUGACGACGAUGAACCAGAAAAUCUAGCCGAUGAAGAAGAUUUAGAAGAUUACGUACCUGGUGGAUAUCAUCCUUGUUAUAUUGGAGAAAAUUAUAAAAAUGGUAAAUAUACUUUGGUUAGAAAACUCGGAUGGGGUCAUUUUUCAACUGUAUGGUUAGCCAAAGAUAAUGAUAUGAAUUGUCACGUGGCCAUGAAAGUUGUUAGAUCAGCUAAACAUUACACUGAGACGGCAAUUGAUGAAAUUAAAUUGUUAGAUAAGAUAUCUACAUGUGAUAUAAACCAUCCUGGACAUAGACAUGCUAUACAAUUAUUAGAUACAUUCACUCACAAGGGACCAAAUGGAGUUCAUGUUGUCAUGGUUUUCGAAGUGUUGGGUGAGAAUCUUUUGAGUUUAAUUAGAAGGUACAAACACAGAGGAAUCCCAAUUGUUUUUGUGAAACAGAUAGCUAAGCAAUUGUUAGCAGCCACUGAUUAUUUACAUCGUAAGUGUGGUAUUAUUCACACUGAUAUCAAACCUGAAAAUGUAUUAUUACAAAUUGAUGAUGUGGAACUGAUUGUCAAGCUUGUAGAACAGGAAGAUCUACAAAGAAAAUUACAAAGAAAAUUAUCACGACAAGCAUCCAAGGCAUCAACUCCAACAACUUCUACUCCAAAUGGUUCAUUCACUUCUCCAAUAGCCACUACCAGUACAGUAAAACCAAUUUCAUUAAUUUCAUCACAUUCAUCUUCUACACCAAGGGCAAGAUCACAUAGAUCAAAAACAAUUAUAAGAGAAUCAUUACCAUUGUCGAACAGUUUCACCAGCUCCUUGAAUCUCAACCAACAAAACCAACCAGCUAUACCCGCACCAGUUGAAGACACAUUGAAUACUUCCUACUCAUCAAUGUCCAUCUCCAAUACUACUAACAAUUCAGUAUCAAACAUUGCUCAGACUUCUACUCCUACACUUGCAACCACGUCAGUUAAAAUAGCUGAUCUUGGAAAUGCGGCAUGGUGUGAUCAUCAUUUCACUGACCUGAUCCAAACCCGUCAAUAUAGAGCUCCAGAAAUACUUCUUGGAUUCACAUGGGGUGCGCUGGUUGAUAUGUGGUCCAUUGGAUGUUUGAUUUUUGAAUUGGUCACUGGUGACUAUUUGUUUGAUCCUCGAGAAGGAGGUUCAUUUGGAAGAGACGACGAUCAUCUUGCCCAAAUAAUCGAGUUAGUUGGUCCAUUUCCUAAAUUAUAUGAAAAUGCAUCGGAAUAUUCUAAAUUUUUCACGCCAGAAGGUAAAAUGAAAAGAAUCCAACUGUUGAAACCAUGGGAUUUAAAGCUGGUGUUGAUUGAGAAAUAUAAAAUUGAUCCUACUGAAGCUGAAUCUCUUUCAAGCUUUUUAUUACCAAUGUUGGAAUUGCUGCCAGAGAAACGUGCUGAUGCUGGUGGUUUGUUGAAUCAUCCGUGGUUAGAUUCUGAUAUAUUCGUCGAAAGACCAAUGGGUGGAUCUGGUGAAGAUAUCCCAGGUUGGUCUAAAGAAAUAACAUAG